GCUGGUAUGUAGACUGAUCUGGCUAGCCUAGCCUGGCAGUGCAGUGUGCAUGUGGGAGGAAGCUCAAACUACAGUCAAAGACGACGCGACACUGAACAGCAGAAAGAUUUUGUCCAGCGCACCUGCGUCGGUGUCCUGUGCCUGUGGUGCAUGAGUUCUUUCUUGUCUGCUCGUUGGAUCGAGCUCUGCUGAAUCUUGGAACUGGUCAAGGUAGUCUCGUGCUCUCCUGAUCUGUGCGUCUAUCGCCCUCUGCCAGGAUGUUUGGGAGGCGUGGGACGUACGAGAUCAAUGAGCCCAGGGCGUCCAACAGUGACCGACAUCCGUCAUCGCAGGCGCUGGCACGGGGUCAUGUACGCUGUUCCAUCCACCUGCUUGAUGACAACAUCAUCGCCGAGGAUUUCCCGAAACGUGUGUCUGGAAAAGUACUUAUCGACCUGGUCAACAGCCGGAUUGACUUGCAAGAAACAGACUAUUUCGGACUGCAGUAUGUUGAUAGUACCGAUCGGUUGCAAUGGCUGGACCCACUGAAGAGUGUCCGCAAGCAAAUCAAAGGGCGCAAAGAAAUGGAGUUCUUCUUCCGAGUGAAGUUCUACAUCGCCGAUCCCAGCAACCUUCAAGAGGAGCUGACAAGGUUUCUCUUCUUUUUGCAAGUCAAACAAGACAUUCUUAGAAACAGGUUACCAGUUAACUUCAGUACUGCAGCAAUCCUCUCGGCAUACGCACUACAAGCCGAAGUGGGUGAUUACGAUUCAAAGGACCACACACCAGGUUACGUGUCCAUCUAUCGCUUCGUUCGCAAUCAGACGGAAGAGCUGGAAGAGCAGAUUGAAAUGCACCACAAGACGUUAACUGGCAUGCUACCAGCGGAUUGUGAAUUCCAUUUCUUGGAGAGGUCGCAGCGUCUUGAGCUUUACGGCGUUGAUCUGCACUUCGCUCAGGAUGCGGAAGGUGAAGAGUUGAUGUUAGGCGUGACGCACAGCGGUGUUGCAGUGUUCCAGAACAAAAACAAGAUCAACUCAUUCCACUGGGCGAUGAUGCGCAAGAUUGGCUUCAAGAAGCACAAGUUCUUCUUGUACAUCCGAGGUUCUCAGGGUCACCCAUCGCAAUCAGGUGAAGUGCCGACGGAACAGCCACCGGUGGUCGGAUUCAUUCUGCCGGACUAUCGGUCGUGCAAGGCACUGUGGAAGACGUGUGUUGCGCACCACACCUUCUUUAGGCAGCGUCAGCCAUCCCAGCCGCCCAAACUGAAUGGUCUGCUGCGUUUCGGGUCAAAGUAUCGCUACAGUGGGCGCACUCUGAACAUGACGGUGGAGCAUGGCAAGGAGACGGUGCGACCUGACUACGAACUAAGACGGUCCGCAAGCAAGAAGUACCAGCGACGUGGAGUUGGAGGUUAUUCCUCCAUGCGUGAAUCAGCUGCCAAGAAGAGAGAGGAAGCAGCGCAGGCGGCACCAGAAGAGAAUGGCGUUGACCAGCGGGAUUCCACGCCGGACACCAACGCGGGGAUUGGAGCGGCUGCUGACGUUGUGGUCAUGGAACCUCCAAAGCCCACUGAGGUAUAUGACGAGCAGUACUAUCAGGCCGAAGGACAGGACAUCACGGAGAACUAUCCUACUGGCAGUGUGCUACCGAAUGGCAUGCUACGGGUGACCAUGAUGCCGGAUCAGGGAAGGUUUGGCUUCAACGUGCGCGGAGGCAGCGAUCAGAAAGAGCCGGUGAAGAUCUCGAAGAUCACCGCCGGAAUGCCAGCUGACCUAAGCAAGCCUCGUCUUCAGGAAGGUGAUUUGGUGGAAGAGAUCAAUGGAACAGAAGUGGAAGGCCUCGCCCACGAAAAGGUCGUUGGUUUGAUCCUGGAAACACGUACCCUAGCCAAUCCCAUGCUUACAAUCAUUGUCACGCCUAAGGCAUUGUCCCGGGACACGACGUAAAACUGUGCCGAGGAGGAAAACCGAGGAAAAACAGAGGAAGUUGAGGACGCCAUGAAUCGAUUUUACAGUAACAGUGCAGAAGAAGAGGAAGUCAAGCUGCAGAUCUGGCAGAUGGCAGACUACGUGAAGAGUUUCGUUGGCGAGAGGGCACGUGUGUUGUUGUGAACGUGAUGAGUGUGUGAGUUUUGUAUUUUCUGUUCUCCACACGUUUUCUUCUUUACUAUUAUGCUCUCCUUGAAGGUAAAGAGGCGCCCGCACAGUGCAUGUGUUCUGUUCAAUUUUUGAUUUGCUCUUCUACUGAAUUAUGAGGAUAACUGGAGGCCCCACAGGGCCAGUGGAUUUUUGUUCUUUUUGUUUUUCUUCUGAUUUGUGCUCUUACAUUUAGAAUAUUUGCGUGAUCGUGAGGUGUUGUGUGACUUGAGUUAUUUAAGAGGUUAUCAUUUCCCACAUGUGUGACCGUGAUCGUGGCUGGUGUUCUGGGUGGGCGGACGAACGGAGUUUUAUAAUCGGCAGUGCAGGCUGACAUACGUUAUUUCCAGUAGUGACUGGUGACGUGUGAUUUAGUAGUGGGUGUGAGCUUUUCCUCUUUUGCUCUUGUUUUUUUUUUAUUGGAAUCGGGGACGAUUCUACUGCGGGGAGGGAGUAAUGUUGUAGUAUGUUAUUUUGUGUAUGUCAUGUGUACGUGGUGUUGGUGUGCCUGUUGCUGUGGUGCGAAAAACUGUCUUCGUCUUGAGUUCGUCAUGUCCAGUUGUGUUUCGUCGCCGUGUCGAUAAAGUCAUUCAAAAUGUUAUUUUCUCGUCGUCUUGUGUAAGUGUGGAGAUGGCACGGGACUGGGCGCAGGAGA